UGGAAGUGGUUGUGUGAUUUAUAUGCUUGAAGCGCGGCAAAAUCCUUGGCUCGACUCUCGUCAGCCUGAUCGUGCAAGCCGCCUGCCGCGUUUAACCCAUGUCCCUUUUCUCUCCUUCGAGAACAAUUCAACUAUUUAGUAGUCAUGCUGCUUGUGCUUGGGCCGUUCUACUAUUCGUUCUGUCUGCUCUUUCAAACUCUUUCCCUUGCUCUCUUUUUCUCUACGUCUACUUACUGAGCCUAUUGAGCGUCGGAAUCAAAAACUCUUUUCACAAUGCGGAUCGCCUCUAUCCUUCUUCCUCUUCUGAGCCUCCUCUUUCGGGACUGUACGGGGUCCACCUUCUACCAACCACCGGGCUCCGGUCCCGCCGGAGACUUCCGAGACAACUCCCAGUAUACGUUGGGCGAGAUAGUAGACCUCCAAUGGGAGACUGACGACACUUCCAUUGACUUAUACCUCGUUCAAACGUUACCCGAGGAUGAGGUCGCUACCAUUUUGUUUGUAGGCGAAUCUCACACGCCCUUAGGCUGGGCGUGGAACGUCACCUUCGAUAGCUUUCCGUCCUGGCAUAGCCCGGAUCUGAGUAACGUGUACUAUCUGCACUUGCAGCCCUCUCUGCCUGUUGGCGUCAUUGGUGCAGGUGUUGCGUCCCACUAUUUCAACAUCACCCGCAGCGCCGCGUCAUCAGUCUCGUCGUCGGCCUCACCAUCAUCUUCGACAUUAUGGACAUCCGUUGCAUCACCGACGACAACGCCGAGCGCAACGAGCACAUCAGAGCUGGACCGUGAUGAGCUAUCGACUGGCGCAGUGGCUGGUAUUGCGGUCGGAGCGACAUUCGUUGGGACGCUCUUUGUAGUAGGAUUAGCGGGAUUUCUGUUCUUGCGGCGGUGGGGGAACAAUAAGAAGAGGGGAGGGGAAGAAUUAGGCGCGAUCAUCACUGCGAACGAUGGAAACGAGAUACAUGUCUACAAGAGAGACGUAUCCGAGCCAUCGAGUGAACUAUUUGUUGAGAGUACUCGACGCUUUGGAGCCGAGGGUUCGAAACCAAGUGAGAUGAGGUUUGAGAUGUCGGGUGAUUCGGUCGUACGUAAAUGAAACGUGGAGUUUAGUUAAGCUGGCGGAAGUCGUGACUAUUUGCAACUAAAAUUUGAGAUUCAAAGAUGUAUGGACACCAUCUACUCUUGGUCAACUACGCGACCAGUAUAGGAAUCCGAAGAGGUCGCGGCAGCUUCAGUAAAUUUCUUCGUACAUGGUGAUGAGAUUAAGAAGCGAAGGUUGAAGAGUCACAUGACAAGCGUAAUGACCGGUAGGCGUUUUCUUGAGUUUGACAAUCUGGAUCAUAAGGCAGACUUCUCAACACAGAAAUGAAAUGUCUCUGAGCUUCCCAUCUCUCAAUCUCCAUGGUUGCGC